AUGGCCAGAAAACAGUACGAUCUGCUUUUUAAACUUCUGCUAAUCGGCGAUUCCGGCGUUGGAAAGACUUGCAUCUUGUAUCGAUUUUCCGAUGACGCAUUCAACACAACCUUCAUUUCUACCAUCGGAAUUGAUUUUAAAAUAAAAACCAUAGAAUUAAAUGGCAAGAAGAUCAAAUUACAGAUUUGGGACACAGCUGGACAGGAACGGUUUCACACUAUAACUACAUCCUACUAUCGAGGUGCUAUGGGUAUAAUGCUUGUGUACGAUAUUACGAACCCGCGAUCCUUCGACAACAUAGCCAAAUGGCUCAGAAAUAUCGAUGAAGUAACAUGUCGCGAGGACGUAGAGAAAAUGUUGUUGGGAAACAAAUGUGACAUGGGAGAUAAGCGAAUGGUUAGCAAGGAACGCGGCGAACAGAUCGCGAAGGAACAUUGUAUCAAGUUUCUGGAAACCAGUGCAAAGGCGAACGUGAAUAUUGACAAGGCGUUCUAUGAUUUGGCGGAAGCAGUUCUGAAAAAGGUGAAGCAAAAUUUAAUUGAUAUAUUUACGAAAUGCGUUUUCUGA